GCCGCCACUCUCAAGAUGGAGACUAGUCGUGCCGCCAUUAAGCGCAAAUCUUCUGAUCCAUCCUCUCUUAAGGUUUCUCAGUCCUGCCCAAGAUGGCCGUCUCGGUUCCGGCAUCCGCUUUUUUGCCACACUCAACAUGGCGACGCGGCAUUACCGUUCCCGGUGCGCGGUGUACGAAAGGAAGUGACGCAUCGCAGGCUCUUCCGCUUUCUUUCUGCAGCAGGAACCGUGGCCACUGGGCUAAAGGGGGGUGCGGUGGAUUUUGACCUUUGCCUCGGCCUCAUAGCUCGUGUCCGGCCCGGAGCCCCGCGCGUGAUGUUGCUACUGAUGCUGCUGCUGCCCCUCUGCUGGGCCGUGGAGGUCAAGAGACCCCGGGGAGUGUCCCUCACUCAUCAUCACUUCUAUGAUGAGUCCAAGCCCUUCACCUGCCUGGACGGCUCCGCCACGAUCCCUUUUGAUCAGGUGAACGAUGACUACUGUGACUGCAAGGAUGGUUCAGAUGAGCCCGGCACGGCUGCCUGUCCUAACGGUAACUUCCACUGCACCAACUCGGGCUACAAGCCCCUGUACAUCCCCUCCAGCCGCGUCAACGAUGGCGUCUGCGACUGCUGCGACGGCACCGACGAGUACAACAGUGGCAUCGUGUGUGAGAACACCUGCAAAGAGAAGGGCCGCCAGGAGAGAGAGUCCCUGCAGCAGAUGGCAGAGGUUACCCGCGAAGGCUUCCGCCUUAAGAAGGCCCUCAUUGAGGACUGGAAGAGAGCCCGGGAGGAGAAGCAGAACAAGCUCGCCGAGCUCCAGGCCGGAAGGAAGUCUCUGGAAGACCAGGUGGAGGCGCUGCGGACUUUGAAGGAAGAGGCUGAGAAGCCAGAGAAGGAGGCCAAGGAACAGCACCAGAAGCUGUGGGAAGAGCAGCAGGCCGCUGCCAGGGCCCAGCGUGAGCAGGAGCUGGCGGCCGAUGCUUUCCGGGAGCUGGAUGACAACAUGGACGGUGUGGUCUCGGUGGCCGAGCUGCAGAGCCACCCAGAGCUGGACACGGAUGGCGACGGGACGCUGUCCGAAGGAGAGGCCCAGGCCCUGCUCAGCGGGGACCCACAGACAGAUGCCAGCGCCUUCUACGACCGUGUGUGGGCCGCCAUCAGGGACAAGUACCGGUCAGAGGCGCUGCCCGCCGACGUGCCACCACCCCCAGCCCCGGAGGUGACGGAGCCCAAGGAGGAGCCGCCAUUGGUGCCGACCCAUCCCACAGAGGAGGAUGAAGAGGAGGAGGAGGAGCCCGAGGAGGAGGAAGACGAGGAAGAGCAGGAUUCCGAGGUGCCGGGGGAGCGGCCCAAGGAGGCCCCGUCCCCACUCAAGCCCCCCCGGCCAGCCAGCCCCAGCGAGGAGGACAAGAUGCCGCCCUAUGACGAGCAGACACAGGCCUUGAUCGACGCUGCCCAGGAGGCCCGCAGCAAGUUCGAGGAGGCUGAGCGGUCCCUGAAGGACAUGGAGGAGUCCAUCAGGAGCCUGGAGCAGGAGAUCUCCUUCGACUUCGGCCCGCAGGGGGAGUUUGCCUACCUGUACAGCCAGUGCUACGAGCUCACCACCAACGAGUACGUCUACCGGCUCUGCCCCUUCAAACUGGUCUCCCAGAAGCCCAAGCUGGGCGGCUCCACCACCAACCUGGGCACCUGGGGGUCCUGGGCCGGGCCCGAGCACGACAGGUUCAGCGCCAUGAAGUACGAACAGGGCACCGGCUGCUGGCAGGGCCCCAACCGCUCCACCACUGUGCGCCUGCUGUGCGGGAAGGAGACGGUGGUCACCAGCACCACAGAGCCCAGCCGCUGCGAGUACCUCAUGGAGCUCACCACGCCGGCCGCCUGCCCGGAGCCACCCCCCGAGCUGCCCGCCGACAGUGACCACGACGAGCUGUAGCCGGUCGAGCCAAGGACCUCCAGGCAGGAAGCGGCCCCCAGGAGCGCCGCCACCGCCCUCCAUCUGUGGACCAAGGCCUGGCUCCUGCGGUUCCCUCCUUCCACUGAGCAGGGCCCUUGGGGCCCCUGAGCGAGCCGGGCUCCCCGGUGGGUCCCGGCUGGGCUGAGCCCCGAUCCAGGCCCCAGCGGCUUCCAGAGGUGGAUAAAGGAGCCCCGGCCCCGGCCCCGCCCUCACGGUUCACUGCUGCCUCCGUGUCGCCCGUGUCGCCCCUCCUUGCCCUCGUGGUGGGGCCAGUGAAUGACCUCAUCUGUGACCCCAAACAAUAAAUGUGACUUUGCCCCAAA